CAAAAGCGUGUUACGGGCAACAACAGCAGCAAAGCGAGACUAGAAAAAAUAAUAACAACAAAAAAUGUCACAACAACAAAGCGUGGAGUAAAAAUAAAGGAACACGAAACUAAAACGAGCGAAAAGUGAAAAGGCGAAAGAAGACGAAAAAAAUUUAAAAAAUAACCGUUAUAACCGAAAAAGAGUGUAAACGAAGCAUUCGCCAAAAUGUCGUGUUAUAGUGGUUACGAGGAUCGUUCUUUCGACUUUGAGGAGGAUGAUAACUCCUCCUUUGACAGUGGCUAUGAAAAAAGUUUCGAAACUGAAUUCAAUUGCAAACGGCGCAAGCUUGUGUUCGACAAUGCCAUGGAUUAUAACAACACAACGGCCGGCAGUGGUGCAACAAUGCCGCUGAAUAUCUCCUCCAGUGGGGGUUAUAUGCCCACAACAUCGUUGAAUUUGCCCAUGGGCAUUUCGGGACUCUUCGAUAGUAACAGUAAUCACAGUACCAGAAGUGGAAAAACUCUUGUCGAACAUAUCAUCAGCAAAGCCCCGCCCGAGGAGUUGGAAUUCGCCCCUAAAUUGGGAAGCCAAACAUCCACGCCCACCAAGCGGGUGACCAGCAGUGGGGAGAGCAGCGAUGAAAAACCAACUGAACCAAGACCCAAACGUAAAUAUGCCGUCGGUCAGAAUCGCAUGACCCGUUCGCGCAGUCCCAGCCAAAUAAUGCGCAUUAAAAAGUUUCGGCGCGUCAAGGCCAACGAUCGCGAAAGGAAUCGUAUGCACAUGCUCAACGAUGCCCUGGAACGUUUGCGUGUCACCCUGCCACAGCUGCCCGAGGAGACGAAGCUGACAAAAAUCGAAAUUCUACGUUUUGCCUAUAAUUACAUUUUUGCCUUGGUCCAGGUACUGGAGAGUGGCGGUACGCUCAACUUGGAUUUGGAGAAAUUGCAGAACUUUACUCUUAGCGGAGAGCGUAUAACGAAAGAGUUGUUUGAUGCUCUCUUUGUAAAUCCCCAACCGGGCGUCUGGGGUAUGUUGGGUUCCGGGAUGUUGGGUCCGAGUUUUAUGGGUUAUGGUCGGGUGCCACAACAUCCCAUGCAUCCACAUCAUCCUCAUAUGGCGUUUAAUGCCGGCCCACCGCCGCCUGGACCACCUGGUUAUGUUCCAACGGCGAAUUACAAUAUACACAACAACGCACCGCCAUGUCCUAGUGGCCCACCUCCAGCGGCACCUGGUUUCACAUCCCAGGAGUUCUUUAGCAGCAUGCGCCACUAUACCCAACAACAACAACAACAGGAGGCCCAAGCGCAGACGCCAACGGAUCAUAAACCAGAUUCGAAUUUCUGCCAACAAAAAUAUGAUCUCUUUAAGGAUACCUUUGAGGCAGCUGCUCAGCUCAAUGGUAAAACAACACCACCCUCGCCACCAUCCACAGCAAACUCCAGUGCAUCGACUCUCAAUUGUCCAGGAUAUGCGGGUUAUGAUACGGCAACCCACACAACGCAACACCUAAACGUUAAUCAAACAGCUGCAGCGUAUGGACCGCAAUCUACGAAUUUCCAUCAAAAUAGCAGUUAUUUCUCGCAGACACCACCAUGGAAAGAUUUCAAUGAACAGGUAAUGAAUACGGGACCCCCCAAGGGCUAUGUUGCCUAUCCAACGGCUUAGAGCGUUGUUGAGGGAGGAUAACGCUCAUUAGAAG